GGAGAGCACCUCCGACUCCUGUAACCUCUCCAGUUUGUUGAAUAAAGACAGGAGGGACUCACAUGCUAACCAGGGACUGUCGACAUGUGGAAUUGGCUUCAGCCAUCGUCUCCCCAGGUUUGAGUGUUUGUGUGUGCGAGUAAGGUGUGUGCAUGUGUGUGUGUGCCGAGUGUGUUUCGGUGUGAUGAACCACAUGUACCAGGACCGGGAGGAGUUGGAGGAUGAUCUCUAUCAAGAGGAUGAAGGGGACUCUGAGGGGUCAGAAGCCAACAGCGAGCUGGAGUUCCACCUCUAUAGCCAGCUCCACUACUCCUCUAAUGCUGGGCAGAUGGAAGAGCAGGACAGUGGAGAAGAGGCGGAGGGCAAGGACGGCCAGCAGGUUAAGGUGACAGAGGAGACUGCAGAUGUUGAUGGAGAACAGGAACACACUGGAGAAAGUAGGCCUCCGUCACCUCAUAUAAGCAAGUUGCGGCAACAGCUAAAGAAGAAGAAGGAGGAGAAACAUGAUAAAAAGAAGAAGGGGAAAAUUAACCCUCAAUGUCAGAAGUCGUCAUAUAUUUCUGAGGAGGUCAUUGUGAUUGACUCCAGCCCUGAUGUCAUCUCCAUCUCUGAGGGUGACACUGCCGAUGAUGAUGAAGGAGUCUGUGCCUUAAAGGGUCGAGGCUUCCAGCAGUUGCAGACUUCCACCCCGGCCCAAAAGGGAACCCAGAAAAGGAGUCUCAGUGUGCCAGUGACUGUGGACUCCAGCAGCUCAGAGUCUGAUUCAGAAGUGUCAGAAUCAAAGUCUGAGUCUGAUUCGUCUGAUUCGUCUGAUUCGGAUGGUCUGGAGAACUGGAUGAUCCUGGGUCGAGGGAAUCAGGAUGGAGACCAGUCCAUCUCACUCAACCUGGAGGGAGGGUCUGUCAGUGAUGCAGAAAUUGAAGACGAAGAGGGCAGCUGGUUGGUUUCUGACAAGGACAAGGAGGCUCGGAUCUAUAACAAAGACAAGGGAGCAGUGCAGCGCAUGUCAAACAGAUACUACACUAGCAAGAACGUCCAGUGUAGAAACUGCAACAGGAACGGACAUCUCUCCAAGAACUGCCCAGAGCCCAAAAAGUUGUUGACCUGCUUCCUUUGUGGCACCCAAGGCCAUCCAGCCAGUCAGUGUCCCAAUAAACACUGCAACAACUGCGGCCUGCCUGGGCACCUCUACGAAGCCUGCAGCGAGAGAGUGUACUGGCACAAACGGUGCCACCGCUGCAACAUGACGGGACACUUCUUUGACGCUUGUCCAGAGAUCUGGAGGCAGUAUCACAUCUCGACUAAGACAGGGACUCCUGUGAAGCUGCAGGGAGACGACCCCGGACGGACCCCCGCCUACUGCUACAACUGCUCUAGGAAAGGACACUUUGGCCAUGCAUGUACACGACAGAGGAUGUUCAAUGGGUCGUAUCCCACCACCCCGUUCAUCAACCACUACGACACUGUGGAGGACAUCAACCGCAGACAGCACAGGAUAAAGCUGAAGGUUAAAGACCUGAAGAAAAAUGGCUUUUUACCUACCUGUUCUCAGACCCCUCUCACUCCCGGACCACCAAAGAAGAAACAGAAAGUCAGCCAUCACAAAAACCGUACGCCUCACCAAAGCUCUAACAACCACAAACCCAGCCCAAGCCACAUCUUUUUUAAUGACAACCAUGACUUUGGGGCCCCGGCACCUAAACCGAAUAAGUACAAUAAAUACAAACAACAGGAAAGCACCGGCAAUGUGAAGCCAUGGAAACCCAAGAGACCAGUGCCCACCUCAAGAGACCCACCAACUAAACUAAUCUUGGAUGAAGCAGAUGACUUUCCCAGAGGCGGAGGCAAGAGGGAGAACGUAGAGACGAACAAGAAGAGGAAGAGGAAAAUGAAGCAGGUUCCUUCAGUGCCACCAGAACGACGCAAACACAGCAGACCGGAUCGACUCUGCUGGACUGUAACUGGAGAGAUGCAGGGGUCACAGACGAAGCCAGAGAAAGCAAAGAAGAAGAAGACAAAUCAAGCCCAGAGGAUUGCUGACAAAAAGCGUGGCGUACAGAUGUACCCGACAGAUGAGAACCUGUUUAUCAUCAAACAGAGGAAACGCAACAGAUAACAUCAGUUUGUGUGAGGUGUGCCUGUCAGGGCUGUGAUCAGUAAAUAUAGUAUGGUCAUGACAUUUAAUGACAUGUCAGACAUCUUGUUGACUCAGGUCAAAACAGUUUGGACGUCACCAGCGCCGCUUUGGGGGAUCAAAGGCUUUUUUCACAGGGGACGUUUGAACCAUAGACUAUAUAUAAUGAUGGACUCUUAUGUCUCCACUUCCUAACACUGUACGAAAAUGAAGCCAAAAUAUCCUGGACAUCUCAGAAAAAGGAACACGAACAUACAUCAGCGGGAUAAGAAUUAGCUAAAAUGACAGAAACCAUAUUUGGGAAAAAAAUAUUUGACAUCUACUUUGAUUUUUUUUUUUUUUUUUUAAUUUUGGCCCAUGUCCCCCGCUAACAUGGUGGGGGGUAGUGACAGUUAUUGCAUCCAGCCACCAGGGGUUGAUCAAGAUACUUUGGCUUCACUUAUGGGGAGCUGUCAUGACAUUCAACUUUAUAUAUAUUUUCAAUGGUUUUGACAUGUCAUGGUAGGAAAGGUGUAAAUAGCAAAAAUUAAGGAUAGCUGGAUGUAGCUGCUUCACUUUCAGGGUCCUGGUAGUUCAUGCUGGCUCACUGUCACACUGUCGUGGCUUACUGGGACACUUGAAGAGAACAGAGUCUUCAUUAAAGGACAGGUUCACAAUCAUUCAAGUCUGUCUUCAAACCGGGACAGGGAUCAUUCCUCCUGUUUAUCCUGGACAUGAACAGAUCAGUUCUUAUACACUUUCAGUGUAAGUGAGUGGGGACAACAUUUAGUUGAUAUAUGAGGCUUCAGCUUUUUGUUACUGUCCUUCUACUGCAGCACAACAGCGAAACAAAAGGAGGGACUUUUGUAGUAAAAAGACAGUAACUGUCUAACUCAGACUCCUGAAGCCGCAUAUUAAUGUCAGAUAAACCUCUGAGUACAUAUUUGCGCAAAGCAAGGCCUGCAGAGUUUCUCCCCCAUCAAUUACAUUGGAAGUGCUUCAGGACGGGGUCUCUUAAUAUCCUAAAUGAACAGGAGGAGUGAUGACAGCAAGCAAAUCCUGUUUGAUUGUUCAUAUGGGCACCUGGCUUCUGUGUAAAGAUGGGUUUGAAAAUGGUGAACCUAUUCUUUAAUGUUAUUAGCUGCACCGUGCUUUUCCUUCUACGACAAGUCAAAUGCUUGCUGUGAAAAAGGUCUUUUGUGUUUGAUACUGUAGUCUGGGCUGCUUUUUCAGUUUCAUCUUGUGGUCAGUGUGAUAAUUACAUCCCAGAUUCACGCAGUAGCAUCACUUCAAGAUACUGUCACAUCUCAGCUGCUGUUGUUGUAUCUUGAGAUGGACAAUACAAAUAAUCUAGUUGUAUCAACCUAAAGCGUUUUUUAGUAGAUGGUUGAAAUGGGACUAUUAAUGUCAUUGCUAUUGAAUUGAAUUGCUUUAUUGAAUUAAAACCAGACUCUGCUCUUUGA